CUAAUUUGGCACAUGUGCCGUAAAGCCUGCGUGUGAAUGCAAGCGGUUCUAGGAUCUUAUGGAGGCGGGUACCUUACGUGAGGAUGUCAUGUCAAUAUGUCAAAUACAUGACAUGACGAGAUUACUACCUUAGGGCGAGAAAUUGUGUCAUUGUGUUUCUGCUCAAUGCAGAGUUUGCUUCCUCCGACCACGACCCGGUCUAAAAUUGCAUUACACGGCCGAUCCAAGCAUCAAGCAUCGAAGAUGGCAGCUCCAGAGUCCAUUCAAAAGACUUGGUAUUCACGAUUCUCGAAGGAAUCGAAAUGGCUUGUCUACCUACUCUCCGUGGUAGUGCUGAGCAUCGCCUUGUCAGUUUUUAGAGCAACAGAUCAACUCCUAUAUACGAAAAGGGCUUGGAAGGGUAACAGCUCGUUAUCAAUGGCCGGCUAUGAAUGCCUGCAUAGCUAUUCCAUUGAGUUACUCUCAAUGGAUCCCAUGAUGAUCUAUAUAAAUGGUUUCAUCCAGGACAUCGAGAUUGACCAUCUGGUCAACACUUACUCGAACUCAUUCCGCGCGUCACGAGUUUUGCGUACCAGUCUGGAGAGCAGUGUCGACCCAGAUGAACGGAAAUCUGAGUCUGCAGAGGUUCCCCUUGAGGACCCUGUAUCACAAUGCGUUAUUGAGCGUACGAAACUUCUGCUUGGUAACGUUCAACACGAGGAGGUGGAGGCCCUCCAGCUACUUCGGUACGAUGCAGGUGGACAGUUUCGUCUUCACUACGACUGGUUCCCCUUCGUGGCAAAUAAACGUAACAUAUCUGAAACUGCCCCGGAUCGUGAUUUUCAACGUCUAGCAACAAUAUUCGUGUAUUUGAGUGACGACUGUGUCGGUGGCCAUACCUAUUUCCCUUGCCUUCCUGGGGUUUCAGAACAGGCUGAUGGGGAGAAGUUUUCUCGCACUGAUACUGGCAAAGGGUUGUUGGUGAAUCCGAAGAAAGGAAACGCGGUAUUUUGGAAUAAUAUGCAUGCGAAUGGAUCUGGAGAUAGUCGAGUUUUUCAUGCCGGCUUGCCUCUCGAGUCAGGAGUCAAGCUGGGGAUCAACAUAUUCACCACAUACUUUUUAGAUAGUCCCUUGAUAGGUUGAGCAUGUAUGGCAAAUAGAAGAGGUGGAAUUUUGUGUAGCUAUGCUCGAAUUGCUAGUUUCAUUGGUUUGUCGUUUGGUCUAUAUACUUAUCUAGCUAUGAAGGGCUUAUCAAG